AUGGCUUGUCGUACGAUUUGUUCGGUUCUAAUGUUUUUCGUGUUAUUUUCGUACUCUUCGAAUGGGUUUCGAUUCAAUGUUGGGGGCAAAGAUGGAUGGAAAACAAACCCUUCUGAGAGCUACAAUCAUUGGGCUGAAAGAUUGAGAUUUCAAGUUAAUGACACUCUAUUUUUCAAAUAUAAGGCUGGCUCAGACUCGGUGCUGGUGGUAAACAAAGACGAUUAUACCCUCUGCAACACCACAAACCCUAUAGUAAAAUUCGACGAUGGAAAAUCAACCUUCAAAUUCGAACGAUCUGGGCCGUUCUUUUUCAUCAGCGGCAACAAAUCCAGCUGCGGCCGCGGCCAGAAGCUCGUCGUCGUCGUCCUAGCCGUCAGGAGCAGUCGCCCGCCGUCGCCGCCGCCGGAGGCUCCGUCGCCAACCCCACGGGUCGGAGAGGCUCCGUCACCUGCCAGCUCGCCAGCUGAGGCUCCGGCGCCGGAGGACGGACCGUCGGCGAAUUCUACGCCGGCGGCGCAUCCGCCGCGCCGCUCGUUUGCGGCGACGGCGGCAGGGUGGGGGCUCACGGCCGUGAUGGUGCCGGCGGUUUCGGCUGUCAUAAAUGUCUGCUUGGCUGUGUGA